AUGAUGAAAGUGGUUGAACAUUCCAGAUUUCAUCCAUCAGCCUCCAGCACCUACAGUGAGAUUGGCACUCCUUUUUCUAUCCAAUAUGGUACUGGGAGCCUGACAGGAAUAAUUGGAUCAGAUCAAGUGACUGUUGAAGGAAUUACUGUAAUCAAUCAACAAUUUGCAGAAAGUGUCAAUGAGCCUGGAAACACCUUUUUGGAUUCCGAAUUUGAUGGCAUCCUUGGUCUAGCAUACCCAUCCCUGGCUGUAGAUGGAGUCACUCCAGUCUUUGAUAAUAUGAUGGCCCAAAACCUGGUGGAUCUACCAAUAUUCUCCGUCUACAUGAACAGAAACCCAGAAUCUUCUGUAGGAGGGGAACUGAUCUGGGGUGGCUUUGAUCCUUCUCAUUUCAGCGGGAAUCUCAACUGGGUUCCAGUAACUAAACAGGGUUAUUGGCAGAUCCUGCUGGAUAAUAUCAAGGUUAAUGGGAACAUUGAAUUCUGUGCAGAAGGAUGUCAGGCUAUCGUGGACACAGGGACAUCUCUUAUUACAGGUCCUUCCGAGGAUAUAAUCCAAAUGCAGAAAUUAAUUGGGGCAGAUCCUGUGGAUGGAGAUUAUGCCGUGGAAUGCAGCAACCUGAAUGUGAUGCCUGAUGUUACUUUUACAAUCAAUGGCAACCCUUAUACUCUCACUCCAGAGACCUACACCCUCAUGGAAAAUAGUGAUGGGAUGACACUGUGCACCAGUGGCUUCCAGGGACUCGACAUCCAACCCCCAGCUGGGCCACUCUGGAUUUUGGGAGAUGUAUUUAUUGGCCAGUUCUACUCAGUCUUUGAUCGUGGGAAUAACAGAGUGGGUUUGGCACCUGCUGUCCAAUAAAAUACUCAGAGAGUAA